AUCUAUCACAAAAGAAAGCUGCACACCAGCCCCUACGUUGUACAUCAUGUCCUCCGUUCUCCCGAACUUGAAAAAGCGGGAGAGGCCUGCGAGCGCUCAGGUGCGCUCCUCGGUGGAAUUUUCGCGACCCACCGUCACGCGGCCCCAGAGCGCUACCGGCCGUCGGGACACGGUUGCUGGGGGGCGAGGCUCGGUGCAACAUGGAGCAGGUAAGCUUGGCGGUGGCGUGGCAGGGGCAGCUGCCAAGGAUUCCAGGUGUAGUUCUUACGAAAGAAGUUGCACGGUGCUUGCUUAAUGAUAGAGACAAUUCGAUUUGAAAGGUGUAGCUGCUUGCUCAAGGAUGGAACGAAGUAGAGAAACCGCCUCCAAAAUACAAAAACUUCCAGGCCUUCGCAGCUCGGUGCCCGGCCCACCGGCGGUAUCCUCGGGAAUUUCGGCAUCUACAGCGACAGCCAAAAGCCGCCCAGCCAGAUGUCCGGCGCGGGGAAAGCAAAGUAUCUCACCGAGCAACUGCAAUCCGCGAAGAAGGACACGCACCUCACAAAGCAAAAACACAUGAAGCUCGCCGCGCGGCAGAAACAGAUGGAGAGGCAGGUGCAAAGACGGGAGAAGGCCCUGUUCGAGGUGACGAAAUUACCAAAUGUAAAUAUGUCUGGGUCGGGAAAGUCUGGAACUUGUGACGCUGUCUGUGGAAUUUUCGAAAAAAAUCUUUAUUGCGUGACCAACAAGAGCAGGGACUCAGUUUGUACUACGCGGAGAGGGCAUUUCUCAUGUGGAUUAGGCAUCAGGAAGCCAUCUAAGAAGCUGCGAUACUUGCAGGCAUCACGGGCGGCAAUGCAAAAUAUGCAUAGGUAAAUGUAAGCUCCCGGACCCAGACAAAUUUGCAGUGGAUAAAAAGCGAAUCGCAACAAUGUCCCGGUACCGGUGAAUCUGCUGGAACACUUGUCGCAAGCAAACACGAACGCGAUUCCGCUUUACAAAAGAAAAAGACAGGAGCUGGAGGACGUUCUUCGGGAAAAGGACAGCAAAAUAGCGGAACUGAAGAAAGAGCCCCUGUUCACGAAAAUUGUCGAGCUCGAGGCGAUCUUGAGCUGCUACCAAAACGAGUUCCACAGGUUGCAACAAGCUUAUCAACAGAGCUUGGGCGGGAGUAGUGCUGGCGGAGGCAGUUCCAGUUCUUCGUCGAAACAAGGCUCUGGUGGGGAAAUCGCAAGACAAGAGAUCGCUGUGUUGCAGGGCAUGCUGCAGAGCAAGAACAUGGAAAUGGACGCGUUGGUGAGGAAAAAGGCGAAACACGUAGACGAAGUGGCAGAGCAGGAAUCCGAAUACCAGCUGUUUUUGGAGGUACUAGGACGACAUGGAUUUGUCUAUGUUGUUUUCAUCGAGCCCCCGCGUGAAUCUGAUUCUGAAAUAAACCGUAUAAAUUUUGUUUUCCACCAUUCAUUUUUUAGUUUGCGCACCAUAAACAUAAUGUUCUUUAUGUUGCCAAAAAUAACACCAGGAGUACAAACGGGUAGAGCAGCAACUGCAGGAAAAACACGCAGAGGUCCGGAUGGUCUACGAGAGAUUCAAAGCGAGGUUAGAGGAAGUGAAGAAGAAGGAACAGCUGCGGAAAGAGUUGGAAAAACUAGAAGAGAAAGCCCAGGAGCAGGAGGCAGUGUUGAAGAAAAUCGACCACAAUCUCUCCAACCUAUCCACAGGAAAUUUUCCGUGCAUAAUGUACCAACAUGGCAGCUUCCACAUGACAAACACAAACAUUUCCUGCAAACCUCCUUCGCAUGACAAGUUGCUGCUUUUACUUAACGAAAUUUGUGAUGCAUUUUGUACGUGUGCAGGAAAUUUGUAUUGCAUACAACCUCCACAAAGUGCACAACCGCUUGUCGUCCGACGUGUUUCAGAAGUCCGCUGGCUUGCCCGAUAACCUGAAGAACCUGCUGUAUCGGUUGCGGGUGCGGGCGCAAGCAGUGGAGAUGUUGGCUGGCUGCAGUGCAGCGAUUUCUGGUGGUGCGGACUCCUCUCCAGAGGACGAGGGGAAACGUAUAUCAUCAUUGGCUUUGUUUGCUAAAAUAGAAAUUAUUUGUUGUAAACCCCUUGGCAUGAUUGAAGAUCAAGAUACGUUGCUCUGGUACUAUAGAUAGUCGUGUCUACUGCGCAGCACCGACGCGAAGCGAUUUCAGUUGCUUCGCAAAAACUAAAACCUCCACAGGUGGUCCUCCCCCUCUCCCCGGUUCCCAGACGAUCGCUCAGCUGAUGCGCGAAGCAGACACCGACCACGACGGCCGCUUGUCGCACUCCGAGAUCUUCUCGGUGUUCCAAAAAGUCGGUGUGAACGUCGCUCCGGAGGAUGUUUCCCUGCUUGUGCAGCACUUUUCCGGCCGGGCGCCUGCGAGAAUACUCGAUUUGCUCGCGCUCGCCGGCCUGCAAAAAACGCCCAUGGGAACGAAACCCGAUGAGCCAGCGCCGGAAGACGCAGUAUUUCUAGUUUUUUGUAGAACAACUCGAAUCGCUUGUAAAUGGAAAUUAUGCAGCAUGACACUGACAGGCACUGCAUCUAGAUGUACUAGAGCGUGAUAAGCAACUGUGCUGCGAAAAACACAGGCACUCACCGACAUCAACGACGUUGAUGUGGAGGACUUGCGGAUGAGUUUGAAGCGCAACGUAUCCUGUGCAAAAGUUAAAGUAUCGUACUCGUAGUAAUCGCAAUCAUGCAUUACAAAUCUCCCUCCUAACCUAAAUCCGCAUUACAAAUUCCAUUUUUCAUCCUGACGGAAUUUGUUAUGCGAUUUAUACUAGUUUACGAUACUUUUGCAUUUCAUACAACGGCGUUUCGUACGUGACGUUUCGUGAAAAGCUCUGCGGUUUCACGGCUUUCGAAGAGUUUCAGCAGUUUCUUUCCCAAAUCCUGAAAAGCUCGCGUGCCAUCGGAAAGUGGCUCAAGGUGUGGGAGCUCUUCGGCGCGGGCAUGAUCCUGCUUCGGGUGCACAGCUGGAUCUAG